AUGUCAUUUCAAUUAAGUAUAGCUGGUAAAGCUGCUACUAUACCAUAUCCAACUUUAAUUGCUGUAUAUUUUGUCAAUUCUAGCGAUUCGGACGUUUCAAUUCCAGUUGAAUUUGUUGAUGAAAAAUCAGUUGAGUCUUCAAAUGCUGCUGCAGCUAUCAAAUUAGUUACUCCAGGCUCUGAAACAUUUGUAGAUCAGUUAGAUGCUUUGGAUUAUUUAGCUCAAACUUUUCCACAAAUUUUGAAAGAAAAAUCAAAAUCUCAACCAUGGGUGAAAUUGGCAAUUGAAAAAUUUUAUUCAAAAAAUUUUAAAGAAUUAGCCACUGAUUUAGAAAAUUUAGAUGUUCAUUUAAAUUUCAGAUCAUUUCUAGUCGGGUAUGAAAUUACAUUGGCUGAUAUUGCUAUGUGGGGUGUUUUAAGAGCAAAUCCAAUUAUGGCAUCAGUCUUAAAAAACGAAGUAUAUCCAAAUGUCUCAAGAUGGUAUAACUUUUUACAAGAAAGUGAUUCAAAAUUUGACAAAUCAGUUGAAUUAUUUACCAACUCACUUAAUGAAUUAAGAAAAUCAUUGAAAAAUGCUAAAACUGCCAAAGGAGGUAAAAAAGAAACUCACAAAGCAAGUUUUGAAAUAGACUUACCAAAUGCUAAAAUGGGUGAGGUUGUUACUCGUUUCCCACCUGAACCAUCGGGAUAUUUACAUAUUGGACAUGUUAAAGCAGCUAUCUUGAAUGAAUAUUUUGCUCAUGCUUAUAAAGGUAAAUUAAUCAUUAGAUUCGAUGAUACAAAUCCAACAAAAGAAAAAGUUGAAUUUCAAGAUGCAAUUAUUGAAGAUUUAGCAUUAUUAGGAAUCAAAGGUGAUAAAAUUACUUAUUCUUCUGAUUACUUUCAAGAUAUGUAUGAUUUAGCAAUUAAAUUGAUUAAACAAGGUCAAGCUUAUUGUGAUGACACACCAUCUGAAAAAAUGAGAGAAGAAAGAAUGGUUGGUGAUGCUUCAGCAAGAAGAGAUAGAUCUAUUGAAGAAAAUUUGAGAAUCUUCACAGAGGAAAUGAAAAAUGGUACUGAAGAAGGUUUAAAAAAUUGUUUAAGAGCUAAAAUCGAUUAUAAAGCUUUAAAUAAAGCUUUGAGAGAUCCAGUCAUUUAUAGAUGUAAUUUAACUCCACAUCAUAGAACUGGCACUGAAUGGAAAAUGUAUCCAAUUUAUGAUUUCUGUGUACCUGUUGUUGAUGCUAUUGAAGGUGUAACACAUUCAUUAAGAACUAACGAAUAUAGAGAUCGUAACCCACAAUAUGAUUGGAUUCAAAAAGCUUUAGGCUUACGUCAUGUGGCUAUAUGGGAUUUUGGUAGAGUCAAUUUUGUCAGAACUUUAUUAUCCAAAAGAAAAUUACAAUGGUUUGUUGAUAAAAAUUAUGUUGGUAAUUGGGAUGAUCCAAGAUUUCCAACUGUCAGAGGUGUAAGAAGAAGAGGUAUGUCAGUUGAAGGAUUAAGAAAUUUCAUUAUGUCACAAGGUCCAUCUCAAAAUAUCAUCAAUUUGGAUUGGUCAGUUAUUUGGGCUUUAAAUAAAAAAGUUAUUGAUCCAGUUGCUCCAAGAUUUACGGCAAUUGAUUCAGAAAAUGCAGUCCCAGUCAAAUUAUUGAAUGGUCCAAAAGAGCCAUACACUGAGACAAAACCAAGACAUAAAAAGAAUCCAGAUGUUGGUGAAAAGACUGUCAUUUACUCUGAUCAAGUUUUAAUUGAACAAGAAGAUGCAGACUUGACCGAAGGUGAAGAAAUUACUUUUAUGGACUGGGGUAAUGUAAUCAUUUCAAAAGUUCACAAAGAAGGUGAUGUCGUUAAAUCAAUUGAAGCAAAUUUACAUUUAGAAGGUGACUUUAGAAAAACAUCUAAGAAAUUAACUUGGUUAGCUGAUACUAGAGAUAAAGUUAACGUUGAUUUAGUUGAUUUCGAUCAUUUAAUCACCAAAGAUAAAUUGGAAGAGGAAGAUAACUUUGAAGAUUUCAUUACACCUGAAACUGAAUUCCAUACAAAAGCAGUAGCAGAUUUGAAUGUUGCAAAAUUAAAAGCUGGUGAUAUUAUUCAAUUUGAAAGAAAAGGUUACUUUAGGGUUGAUGUUCCUUACGAAGAAGGAAAACCAGUUGUUUUAUUCACUAUUCCGGACGGUAAAACAGUUUCAAAAUAUGGUUCAAAGAAAUAG